AUGAAAAGGAAGGGUGCUUUAGUUAAGUUUAACCCGGUUGAUUCCCAUUUGAGUGGGAAUUUGAAAAGUCCGGAUCCUGAUGACAAAAGAAUAAGGUUAGAAAGGCGAUGGAGGAGACGGGAGACCAUGGUUGAUAGUUUGAAGCACAAUCGUGUCGCUAGUGCUUCAAAGACGGAUUUGAAGAUUUGUGGAAGUACCGAUGUUUUAAUAGAUAAAAAUGAUCAUACGUUAGAUGGUGAAACAGAUGAUGAUUGGAAAACAUUUUUGGCUACAUAUACUAGUGAUGAUGAUGAUGAUGAUGAUGAUGAUGAUGAUGAUGAUGAUGAUGAUGAUGAUGAUGAUGAUGAUGAUGAUAAUGAUGAUGAUGAAAUGAAUGAAGAUUAUAGGUCCUUUUUGGCUACAUAUAAUUCUGAGAUUGAAUAUGAUUGUGCUAGUGAUCAUAGUGGUGGUUCAAACAUUGGCAAUGAUGAAACAGAUGCAGAAUACAUAUCCUUUUUAGCUACAUAUGAUCCUGAUGUUGAUGUUGAAAAUGAAAGUGCUGGUAAUCAAAGUGGUGGUUCAAACAUUGGUAGUGAUGAAAUGGAUGCAGAAUACAUAUCCUUUUUAGCUACAUAUGAUCCUAAUGUUGAAAAUGACAGUGCUGGUAAUCAAAGUGGUGGUUCAAAUAUUGGCAAUGAUGAAACAGAUGCAGAAUACAUAUCCUUUUUAGCUACGUAUGAUCCUGAUGUUGAAAAUGACUUUGUUGGUAAUCAAAGUGGUGGUUCAAAUGUUGACAUCAACUUUGGCAACAGCAUUGUCAAAGAGGAAAUAGAAGAAGGCUACAAUUGUUUUUCAAAUCAAUUUGUUUCUGAUUAUGUUAGCAACGGGGUUCAUGUUGAUGAAUAUGAUCGGUUACUAAGAAAAAGUUUUUGUGUUGGGCAAAAUUCACUAGUUUCUGAACAAGAUACUCCUGAAGUGCAAUGUGUUGAUGAAGAUUAUGAACGAUUCCUUAAUUCUGGGUGGACUAGUGUUGAUGGCGAUUUUGUGUAUGGUUGCGAUAAGAAUACCAAAAACACAUCCAAUGUGGAGAAUGAGAGUAGUUCCUCUGAUUCAGAUGUAAUUGUUUUGGAAUCAUAUCCAAACUGUGAAAACACCCCUUUUGUAUCUUCAAAGGCAUAUGAUUCAUCUUGUUUUGGAGAAGAAAUGCACCCCAAAGACAACAUGCAAGUGACUUCUUUUCAUCAUUCUCAAUUUCGGAAAAGACUUAUGGAAUAUCUUGAUAGGCCUUAUGACUGUGAAGAAUAUAAGUCUCUUCUUGCUAAAGCAAAUGAACGGAGGAAAAAGGAACGUCAUUUAGGAACACGGCGGGGGGCGAUUGAGUCAUAUCACUAUGGAGGUGUCACCAAAUCGUAUCUUGACUCGCAUCCUGAUUUUGCCAAAGCUAUUGCCACAGAGUCCAAGGAAAAUCGUAUUUUAUUCCUCUUGCGUGGAUUCUUUUUCUGGAUACAAAAUGCAGAAGGAAAAUUUCAGCCUUGGCUUGACGAAUUAUGUUUGGAGAAGAUGCGAAGAAUGUAA